AUGGAAGAACUCCCGGGAGCUGGGGGCACUACCGCGGGAGCCACACGGCAGGCUACACCGUCUCAGCAGCACUCUCCGCCGGGUGGCAACGGCAGCGCGGCUCCUGGUCUCCCCGGGGCUCCCGUCAUGAGUCUCCAGGCUGAAGAGAUGCCCAGGCCGCAGCAGCAGUACACGAUCCCGGGGAUCCUCCACUACAUCCAGCACGAGUGGGCCCGCUUCGAGAUGGAGAGGGCACACUGGGAGGUGGAGAGGGCCGAGCUGCAGGCCCGGAUCGCCUUCCUCCAGGGCGAGAGGAAAGGACAGGAGAACCUGAAGAGCGACCUGGUGCGGAGGAUAAAGAUGCUGGAGUUCGCCUUAAAACAAGAACGAGCGAAGUAUCACAAGCUAAAGUAUGGAACAGAGCUGAACCAGGGGGAGAUGAAGAGUCCGAGCUUCGACUCUGACUCCAGAGACUCAGACGUGUCAACGGUUCCUCCAAACAGUCAGCUGACCUGGAAACAGGGACGACAGCUGCUGCGACAGUAUCUGCAGGAGGUGGGCUACACAGACACCAUUUUGGACGUUCGGACCCAGAGAGUGAGGUCUCUCCUGGGGCUGUCCGCCUCCGAGCAGAACGGAGGUCUGGAGAACAAGAGCCUCCCCCUGAUCAACGGCACAGAGAGACGCAAGGACAAGAGGAGUCCUGGUGACGUUCUGGAGACGUUUAACUUCUUGGAAAACGCAGAAGACAGCGAUGAAGACGAUGACGAAGAGGGAGAAGAGGUGAUGGACCUCAGCGACAAACCACGGGCCAAAAAACACAAAAUACACCAGGCCGGCCACGAGGGCCUGGCUUCGGAGGAGGACGCAGACACAGAGGAGGCGCUGAAGGAGUUCGACUUCCUGGUCACAGAAGACGGAGAAGGAGCAGGAGAAGCACGGAGCUCCGGGGACGGGACCGAGUGGGCGGAGCCCCUGUCCUUCCCGUCCUCUGGGGGAAAGUCCUUCCUGUUGGGAGGGGAGACCGUCCUUGAGAGUGUCCUGGGUCUGGGCGACCUCGCCGACCUCACAGUGACAAACGACGAACAGGACUACGGAUACGACCUCCAGUCCAGUAAAGAAUCUUCGUUCAGAAAAACCUGGAACCCCAAGUUCACCCUUCGGAGCCACUUCGACGGAGUCCGAGCUCUGGCCUUCCACCCGACAGACCCCGCCCUGCUGUCUGUGUCCGAAGACCACACCAUCAAACUAUGGAACCUCACCAAGACUGUGCCCGCCAAAAAAAGUGCCUCUUUCGAUGUGGAGCCCAUUUACACGUUCAGAGCUCACAUAGGUCCCGUCCUGUCCCUAGCGGUGACCCCCAGUGGAGAGCAGUGCUUCAGUGGAGGUCUGGACUCCUUCAUUCACUGGUGGAACAUCCCCAGCGCCAACACGGACCCCUACGACACAUACGAUGCCAGUGUGUUGGCGGGCUCGUGGAGUGGUCACUCCGACGCUGUGUGGGGUCUGGCGUUCAGUGGCAUCAAAAACCGCCUCCUGUCAUGUUCUGCCGACGGCACGGUGAAAUUGUGGAACCCUCAGGAGAGAGCGCCCUGUGUGGCCACCUUCAACUCUGACAGAGAGCACGGCACUCCCACCUCAGUGGACUUUAAUGGUACCGACCCCGCCCACAUGGUGGCGUCCUUCUGCUCUGGAGACGUGGUUCUGUACGACCUGGAGACUUCCCAGAGUGCACUGGUGCUGAAAGGCCAGAGCGACACCAGUGUGAACCACAUAAACAGAGUGGUGAGUCACCCCACUCUCCCUGUGACUAUCACGGCUCACGAGGACAGAAACAUCAAGUUCUUCGACAACAAGUCAGGUAAAGUGAUCCACUCCAUGGUGGCUCAUCUGGACGCUGUCACCAGUUUAGCUGUGGACCCCAACGGCAUUUACCUGAUGUCCGGAAGCCACGACUGCUCGGUGCGCCUCUGGAACCUGGACAGUAAAACGUGUGUGCAGGAGAUCACGGCUCACCGGAAGAAGAGCGAGGAGGCCAUCUACGACGUGGCCUUCCAUCCUUCCAAAGCCUAUAUCGCCUCCGCGGGGGCCGAUGCUCUGGCCCGGGUCUACGUGUGA